AACCGGACGGUUCAGUCGAGUUUUGAACUUCUACCUGGGCGCAAGUCUUUGGCCGUCGGAGUCGGAGAGCUGCUGCCGAUCGAAAGCAAAGUGGUUGAGAGUGAAGAAUCAACAAACCGUGGCUCGAAGAAGAAACCGGGGAGUUUGAGGAAACGACGGACAGUAAGAAAAAAAAAGAGUCAGUCUGUUGAGCUCAGUUUUUCAUCAGCCGCGCGGAUACGGUAAAAAGACUUGAACGCGAGAGUCAGUCGAUUUGUUUCAAGAGUGAAUGUGCUUUUUUUGGAAGUGAAAUUUCUGCAGCGCGAAGCGAAGAAGAGUUCAAAUUUCGGCGUCGGCGUCGAGUGUGGUAUGAUCUUGAAGUGUAGAAAGAAUAAUUCAUAAUCCCAAGGUCCGAGAAGAGUUCGGGCCGUGGUCAUCUCAAAUCCCAAGCAAGUGGUCUGUGCUUGUUGUGUACCAAGUGAUGAUAUUCGCGUGCUCCCGCAGAGUGAGCAAGUGAGCUUUCGUGGGAAGAGUGAGAGGAUCAACACAGCCAGCAGUGCAUUGCACUUCGUUUGGUUUGAUUGCGUGGAAACUGGAAAUCAGCCGAAGAAACGAUCUGUGUGCAGCAAGAAAGUGGUCACGAAAGCGAAGGAUUCGAGCCCAAGUUCUGGAGUGUUUUUUCGAUGUUGUGUUGAUGCUGCGUGAAGUGUUGGACCAACCCAGCUGAGAAAGUGAUCCGAAAGUGAUCUUCUUGUGAAACGGAAGUGCAUUCCAAAUUCAAGGUUCGAAACCGAAAAAAGUUGUUGUUAAAAAUCGUUGUUCCAUUUGAAUGAGAGUGAUUAUUUAAAUAGCGAAAAAACGACUCAAUUUUAAUCCGGUGGAUUAAAUUGCAGCAAAGUUAAGGGCGCAAGAAAGAAAAGGACGCAGAGAGAAAGAAAGCGAGAAAGGUUUUAAAACAUUGGCUCACAUCGCCGCAAGUUGCGACGAGGCGACAACUUUCCAUUGGGACCGUCGUCUCACACGUUUUGAAACACUCAGUUUUCCUUUUUUUUUAUUGUCAAACGAGUGUGCUUCCAUAGCAACGCCGGAAAGGCACAGAAGCAUUUUACAACAAUUAUUCUCGCGCGCGGUCAGAAGUUGGAUCGUUGGAACAACGUGCGAGAUAAGAAGAUCCGCGAGAGUGUGUGGAGCGGAGGUGCUAGGCAGCGGAAAAAGUGAGAAAACAGGGAACGAAGGAAGGUAGAAGAGUGCAAAAAAUAAAGUGAAGUAAGAAGAAAAAAAAAACAACGCGAGAAGGUGAAUCGAAAGUAAACCAGCCGCGAACAACAGGCGAACAAGAAACAACGAUCCCCAUGGUGGCAGGAAGAGAAAAUUAAAAGCAGAGAUAAUAAAAAGUUGGUCACGGUAUAAUUAGAUAAGUCCUUCGCAACGUAGGCCUAUCUGGUUCUGAAGCAUCGCCAUUCAGACCGUUUUUUAUCUCAAAGCUAUUGAGAACGGCGUGCUAAAAAAUGAAAGAUCGCCUCACAUCUUCAUUUUUCACCCUGAGUGUUUGUGCUUCCCACUGAGUCAUCAUCAUCAGCAGGAUUAGCAUCCCUGAUUCAACCGCGAUACACGAUACCGUUAGGACCCGGAGUGCUUAAGAUAAUGCAAGCAUAAGCCACCGGCCGUCGCCGCCGCCACAAUUGACACGAAGCAACGCCAUCACUGUCACCAUUACAUCCCCCAGCGGGCAUCACCCCGCCCCUCACCGGUACGCUUUCCCACAAUCCUCUCCACCGUGUCGCACCACGGGGCAGUUACGGAGCAAACGCGCUUGCCGCCACCCUCGAAACCACCCCUGCAACCGAACGAAGAUGUGAUAGUGCCACAAGCGGCGAGCUUCAGCCAGCAGAUUGCAAACUACUUCCUCCGAAUCCGACGUCGAACGACCCAGGUUGUUCACCACCAGGGCAGCGUACCGCCUCCCACGUCUUUCCCUCCGGAAGGAUCCACCAGCAACUGCUCCUCCUCCUGCUCUACAGCAACCUCAACCAUGGCCGCAACGGAUGGCCAAAUUAUACUGGCGGCUUCGCGGUUCGGCGAUGCCCAGCCAGUGUAUUUGAAAGAUUUCGCCAAAACCGAUCUACCCGCAGUGGGUAAGAUCGUGAAAGGCCAGUACUACAACCUGGGCGUUCCCACCCUGUCUAACCCGUCGCUCCAGAGCACAGCCCUCUUCCUGAACGCCGGCAAGAAGUACCAAAUUCUGGCGCAACCGAUCAAGAUCAAGGAAGGCCGCAAAAGUACCAACGUCGGCCCGAAGGUGCUCAUCCCUGAAACCUAUCCCGGAUAUUUUGAGCUACUCAGCGAGGAUGGCCGUUCGACGCGCUGUAUCGAAAGUGUGCUCGAGCUUUCGAAGCGACGGAACUUCCGGGUGCUGGUGCGCGAAACGGUGCGCUGCAAUCACAACAGCAAAUCGCUGCACGCCGGCGAAAUUCUCACCACGAUCUCAGACAACGGCAAGUAUCUGCAGUGCAAGACGUCCAAGGACGAAAUCGUCAAUUUGCCAUUAGAAGCCAAAGCCAAAUUCUCACCUAUUGCUAAAGAGGAUAGUAUUAGCGGUGUACAUACAGUCAGCAAUCUGUUGCAGAAACGAAUGCCAGUAACUGUCAGAUUAGUCCACGGAACGGCACCUAAAGGUCUCAAGCAACCAUUUGUACCGGAACUGCGUUUGCUAGGAUGCGUCGAAGUGGACCGAAUAUUCGCCCUGUCCCUCCAGAAGGACAUGGAUUUGAUCUCGGUUCCCCUGAAUGCCAAGAUAAAGAUUCAACGGGCGAAAAAUAUGGACCAACUGGAUCACUUCAUCGAGUACUCGCGCUUUCUGGACAAGGCACAGCGUCUGCUGGUUGAUGCCCGCGAUCGACUGCAGAUUAUCGACCUUAAGCUGGGCGAGAAGGAGAAAAAGGAAACAGCAAAGCAGACAAGCAAUAGGAAGGUGGCGUCCACACUGUCAGCCGUCACCGCCAACGGGUAUGUGUUGAAGAAAAGCAACAGCUGUGAUUCGAACCGGUUUUCGCCGCCUCUUCCUGGGGGAGGUGGUGGCAGCGGUGGUGGAGGAGGAGGCAGUCAGAACGGCUCGAUCGCUGAUGAGUACGAUGAGAUCGAUCAGAUCUACGACUACGUGCGCGGUCUGGCUCCAUUGCCGAAAAAUUUGAACAAAUUCGAAGCGAUCGUGGAACCGAUCUCGACAUCGACCUUCACCCAUCAACAUCACCUCAAAACAGUCGAGAACAUCAAAUCCGCCACCAGUAAUAGCAUAAACAACAACUACAGCCAUUACGACACAGGAAACUAUUCGAAUAUUGUCAAACACAGCAACAACAAUAACAACAACAGCGUUAUGAACGGACACUGUUUGGAGUCGACACCAACUAAUAACAUCAGCAGCAACAACAAUCACAACAACCAUAUCAUCGUUCACAAAGAAGAACAGAAGCCGAUUCCUCCGCCGAUCGAAACCAUCCCGGGCAAGAAGUUGCCCGAAAAACGCCAACGACCCACACUACCAAAGUUGUACUUCAAAAACAACCUGGGAGUGCACCAGAAGAGUCCCACCUCGGUACUGAUCAGUCCAAUGGGCGGAGGCUCACCGGCCGGACAUCCUCCGCCGCACAUCGUAGGAACGCCCAAGGAGAUUGUGGGUGAGCCCCAAAGUCCGCUGUUUCACAUCCGAUACAAAAGUCUCAGUUCGCUGCAGCUGGCUCAGGACUCGCACACGAACACACCGAUCUCACCCUCGCCCAAGGGCGGAACCACCAUCAUCAACACGGCCCAGGCCCAAACCCAACAGGAGAAGAGCCAUAUGCUGUCGAAGUCAGCGAGCGCAGGACGCGAGGGAACACUGGAUUCGUCCCGCAGUGGAGGUCGCACCUCCGGAGACUCCAAGCUGCCGGAGAAGAAAACUCGCCGGCUAAGUCGACCCCGGAGUCUUUCGAACUUGGUCUGGGACCUACGUCCGCACAAGUCCGAGAAGUCCAAGAAGAAGCUCUAUCUGCACCAGUUCGAUCGACAGCAGGGAACGCUGUAUCUGUAAGGGAGAUGGAGCGCACCGAAUUGAAUUGAGACUAUGUUAUAAAGAUUUCGCCACUAGAUUAAGCCAACACUGCAGGAAGUAUUCAAUCGAUCUUAGAAGUCAAUCGCUUUCCGUUCCAGUGAAUCAACUACUCACUUGAAAAAUUCUCAAAUUUCUCCAACUCCUCCUCUCUUUAUGUGAUUAUGUGAAUUUAGCCGAAGAAACCAACACUUAGAGCAUCUGUAAACUCUACGUAAACCCACUUUGAAGGGGAGAAAUAACGCAAGUCCACUCUGAGCAUUAGGUGUCCUAAGCACACAUCCAGUAAACAAACAAAAAAAAAACAAGUGUUAGCAUUUUGUGUACGAUGUUCAAAAAAUAGUCUUUCUAAGUCGCACUCUUGAUAUCGAGAAGAGGAAGUUCUGUUUUCUUGGUCAUUGUUACCAGCCAAUAGACGAGGAGAAAGUCAUAUUGAGAGUCAGUCAGCAAAUGAAGGAGAUUACGUUACGCAACGCCGAUUUGCGCCAACAGUUUGGGUGAAAUGAUCACCGCAACAACACAAGGCAUUAUUAAAUGGAGACGAGCGAAAAAAAUACGAUCGAAUUAAACACGAAAUCAGCAAAGAAAAACUUAUCAUUUAGCUAGAGUCUAGGUUUAGGUUCGCCAUUCGUCGUAAAGGCUGUGGUAUUAUUACUUAAUUUGUAUUGCGCUAAGCGAAUAUCGAAGCUCGAAUCGAUUGGGCGUGAGUUAUAGGGUCAUUAUUUAACUAUUUUUAUCAAUUUCUUCUAAUCCAGGUUGAGUGUGUUUAACCGCUUGAAAAGUUUAAGUUCUUUUGCUCUUCGUCUGCGGGAGGGUACUCCCCCAAACCGACUUUGCCCUUGCAUAAACUUCAUCGAGCCAGCAUCACUAAAUAAAUACUCAAAUCGCUCAAAUUUAUCUAGUUCAUGGCUGCCGCACAAAUUUCCCCCCAUAGAUCAUCCGACCGAAUUGACUUCAGAAGGAUUUCGCGCCAACUCGACCAGAUGUUGGCAUGACCCUCUCAAAAUUGAAUGAAUGAAUUUCUGGGCGUGAAGACCUUACCUGAUUAAGCAACUUGACAUACUUAUUUUUUCCGAAAAUUCAUCUGGACUAAUAUAUGGAAAGGGCUAAAUAUUGUUGACCAUUUUUAAAACUUUUUUUUACUCGAAAAUGGUAAGUCCUACAAAAAUGUGAUCUAUGCAAGAGUUUUAGGAAAAUAAUUGAAUUUUUAGCAAAAUAAUACUGGAAAAAUAUUUUUCCAAAUUCUACACUGAAAAAAAAAUAUUUCAAAAACUACAAGUCGAUUUUCUAAAAAUAGUUAUCUCAGAUAUUGAUGAAAUGGUGGAUAUAUUGUAGAUAAAUAUGUACCCUACAACUCUUCCAUACAUCGCAACUUGUGCAUAUUUAAGGCAAAAAAGUUUUUCGAACAAAAAUUUCUUUUUUCAGUACAGAAAGCAAACAAAAAAAAUAAUAACAAGAAUAUUGAAUGAGUGCUUUAUAGGUCUUUAUUUCAAAUCAAAUGUAAUAAAACUUAUGACAUUUUUUGACACUAAAUUCAUUUUUAUUCAUCUGAUUCUACACCAUGUACAUGUUAACUUAUAUUGUAAGAGAUGCAAUCAUCAUAUCUUUCCAAUUUUUUUCUUUUUAUCUAACAUUUUGAAGAUUUUGGGAUCAUCUACUAAAUUUGAAAACCUUUUAACUGCGGUUUUAUUUUAAUCUACAGGAAUAAAGCAAUGACAUUUUUGUGUUCCCGAUAUUGUUUUCGCGUGAUUGAAUGUUUCAUCAAACUCACUCGCCUUUUUUGUAUACUGUUCUUUAGAUAAGUAAUAACCAAACCUCUAGCGCUGUUUGGAUAGUGUUUCCGUAAUCUUGGACAAGACUUGCUCUCUUUGCCAUUCGUUUUAGAGUCCCUCCUAUUGCAUCAUAGGGUCCUUUCCCGUGGGAGGUGGCAAAGAAAUGCCAUCCUGCUUCUAGUCCAUAAACUUUUUUGAAAUUACAGAGACUGGCGAAUUCCUUUAGAUUUUUGUAGUGUGCUGCCGAUGGAGGGGUCAUGAAAGCCAUUUUAGUAAAAUCGAUUAUUUUUCUGACAAAUUUUAUCAAUUUUUGUAUACACAACUGCAUAGCCACAGUGUCGUGUGUUAAAACUUCUGAAAUAACUUUAAAGCUCACGUUUUCUAGUUUACCAUCUUUUUUUGUAGUAUAUUUCAAAUGGGCGAAUUAUGGAUGAAUAAUUCUAACUAUUAUUUCUAUUUGCGUCAAAGAUUCCUUUUUAUAUCGCAGAAUAACAGACUGCAGUUUGUAAAAAAAAACUCUAUGAGUUUAUCUACUUUAUCAACGAAAUACGGCACAAAUUCAUCGAUUGGUUUUAAAAUCGUUUCCAAAUUACAACGGUCUGUGGUCAGCCAUUAUUGAGAAUCGAUUUCGUCUUUUCCGCUUUCCUCUAAUAGAAGAGUUGUUUCUUCAUAAAUUUAUGUUUUGGAAACACAAUCCUUACAAGCACGAAAAUGGCAAUCUGUCGUCCGUUUUGGAAGACUACAUAGCAUUUUCCCAUGACUACUGUAUGCGAAAUCGUUCUCAAACUGUUAUCCAUUAAUUUUACAUUUUCAUGAAUGGUACAUACACUAACAUUGUGGGUUCCUGUACUAUAAAGUAAUAUGCAGUGCUUUGGUCUCAACUGGUCAAACUGACGGUUACACUUGGGGUUGUUAAUACCAGUACUGCAUUUGUAAUCCUUACAAAUCCUGGAGAUCACGGCUUGACUCAUGUUGCUAAACAAUGUCACACUUUUCUUUGUUGAAUUCUGAUGAUUACGCAGAAAUUAAUAAAGUUCUUUCUUUUCUGCCACUUUACAUUUGCUGCCGGUCACGACUGGUAAUGUCCAAACAACUGCAGAUCCAUUUUAUUCAUCCUUUAAGUAUCUGUACAAUCCAUUUAUUAUUAUCAUAUCUACAGUGACUCUUAAUAGAUACCUAAAUGUACAACACCUAUUCGAUACCUGACCGACCUAUCAAGAGAUUUUUGGCAGAUGGCUAUUGUUUGAGAGCUGUUGUUGCUCUCUGAAUUGAAACAUAUUAUAUUUGACUACAAAAACAAGCUGAAAACUGUACUUUAGCACCCAAGGGCCACCAUAAAUCCAUUUCUACCUGUUAUUGAAUUUUCUAUAACUGUACACAAAAAAAAACAAAAAAAAAUCGAGAAAAAAUCUUGAAAAAGUUUUUGUUAGAAAAACUUUUUGCAUUAGAUAUGCAUAAGUUGCGAUGUAUGGAAGAGUUGUAGGGUACCUAAUUAUUUACAAUUUAUCUACAAUUUUUCCUGCUUGUUCAGUGUUUAGAUUUUCAUUUUACCUCCCAUAUAGUCCGGUUAGACGUAGUCCCACGUCAAAAAAAUUAUGAAAUAUGUUAGUCUAGAUAAAUUUUCGGAAAACUAAGUAUGCCAGAAAGUUUCAUUAGGUUCUGAGAAGGUCAUGCCAGUCCCACAGACGAAUUGGUGCUAAAUCCGUCUUCAGUUCAUUCAUUGAGCGAGACCCCAAAAUCCCACAUCGAAUCGGUGGAGCAAAUGAAAUUUUCACUUUUCAAGGUCAGCAUUUUUUUUAGUCGCUACACUUACGUUAAACAGAAAAGCUAGGACUUAACAAAUCUAAGUUUGUAAGGUUUAUGGCAUGCGAAAGAAUGCGUGUGCGCGUUAGUUAUGAUGGCAUCAACAGUAACAAGUCAGGUCAGGAUAAGAGGUUAACUCACUGAAAGAAAAAACACGGCAAAGUAUACGGUUUUGUUAGUUUCGAACAGAAGCAAGUUUGAAUAAUGCGGCUUUGUUUCGCCAUCGAAAUAUUAUAUCAAGCAUUCCAAAAUUAUGUGUGUGUUUAGUGAGCGAAAGCAUGCCCCAAUAACAAUGGCAAGUGUUCGUGUAGGUACUGUAGCUUCCCCAGAGGAAAACAUUCUAGUUCUUUAAAGUCCAUUUAAACUUAUUGGAAAAUAUUUUAUUGAAAGAGAUGAAUAAUAAUAAAUACAAAAAUGAUAAA